CUUGUCGCAGUUGCUUUUCUUUGCCAAACAAUACUGAGAAAAUUGAUAUAACCAACUAUUUUUACAUAUUUUAUAAGAAAAUUCAGAGAGAUCUUGCCAAUUGUUUUAGUUGAUAUAUACUAGUCAAUUUGAUAAUGUGAUAAUAAGUGUACAGAUGGCUUCCAGUGUUCAAGACUCGCCUGUCCAGCAGACAUUUGUAGAGGAGAUAGAUUACAGUGAGAUACAGGAAUUAUCGGUGGUAGGAAAGGGUGCCUUUGGUGUGGUGUGGAAGGGCCUAUGGCGAAAUACGUUUGUGGCUGUGAAGCAUAUCAACUCGGAAGCUGAGAAGCGGGAGUUCGCGAUCGAGGUGCGGCAGCUGUCGCGGGUGUCCCACCCGAACAUCGUGCGGCUGUAUGGCGCGUGCACGCAGGGCGCCCACGUAUGCCUCGUUAUGGAGUAUGCGGAGGGCGGCUCGCUCUACAACGUCCUUCACAAUCGUCCUAAGCCCAAAUACACAGCAGCACAUGCUAUGAGUUGGGCACGACAGUGUGCUGAGGGAGUGGCAUACCUGCAUUCAAUGAAACCAAAACCCCUAAUACACCGUGACUUGAAGCCGCCAAACUUAUUACUAGUGGGCUUCGGGCAGAGGCUAAAGAUAUGUGAUUUUGGAACUGCAGCUGAUAAGGCUACGUACAUGACUAACAAUAAAGGCAGUGCAGCGUGGAUGGCACCUGAGGUAUUUGAGGGUUCAUCUUACACAGAGAAGUGUGAUGUAUUUUCAUGGGGCAUCAUUCUGUGGGAGGUGCUGUCAAGGAGGAAGCCCUUCGAGGAAGGCGGCUCGGCAUUUAGGAUCAUGUGGGCUGUGCAUACAGGACAAAGGCCGAACCUAAUAGAGGGAUGUCCAGAGCCUAUAGAGCAGUUGAUGACACAAUGUUGGCACAAAGUGCCUGCAGAGCGACCUAGUAUGGCCAAGGUAGUAGAAAUAAUGUCGGCGCUGUGCGAGUACUUCCCGGGAGCGGACACUCCGAUCGACUACAACGACUGCGAAGAGGACGACUACAGCGAGUGUCUCGACGACGAUUACAUGACGCUCGACACGCACGAGAGCCUAGACACCGACCCUCCGGAGCGACUGUACGACGAGACGGUGUCCGAGCCUACGCAGAGAGACCAUUUACACCUGCAACAGCCGCGUCCGCGCAGCUUUGUUGAGACACAAGUCAGUAAACUGCAAACUCUAAUGGCGGCGGAGGCGCAGCCGAAGACGGCGGCGUUGCCGCGCGACGAGCCGGACGUCCACAACAGGAUAGGGCCCGUGCGCAUCCCGCAGCAGUUCAAGCGGCCCGAAGCCACCAUAACGCUGCAGCACGCGCCGGGCUCGCCCGCGGACGCCGCCUCGCUGGACUCGCUGCGGCCGCCGCGCAGCCCCGUAGUGUUCAGCGAAGCCUCCUCCCCGCGCCGCCUGUCCCCCAUCGUCAACUACAACAUCGGCAACAUCAACCCGCGCCACGCCGACCUCGACCCCUACUACAACGACAAGUUCUCCCCCGCCCGGAGCCCCUCGGUCCUCAGCAGCCCUAACUCAGUGAGGAAGGAGGACUACAAUCAGAACUACUGUGACAGCAGGCUGAGUGGAAACAGUCCCAUGACGCCCUUGAAGGAAUACAACGGGAACGCGCUGCCACGCCUGCCCGUCGAUCCCAGAUAUAUGCCUUUACAGAUUGAAGUCGAUCCCAACGCGUGGGAGCUCCGUGACGUGUCGUUUGACGACUAUGUGGACGUGAAGAAUAUGGCGGGCUUCGACAAGUACUUCACGCACGGCAACAGCAGUGGGUCGACAGGCGCGGAGGGCGGAGCGCCCCCCGCCGCGGAGCCCGACCCGGACCUGGACUCCAUGCACAUGAUGCUGGACCCGCACUUGCGGCCCAUCUCGCCGGACCUCAACAAUGAGGAGUCCAAGCGGAUCUUCGAGGAGCAUAAGCAGCUCGCGCAGGAGUAUCUUAAGAUUCAGACUGAGCUAGCGUACCUCAGCAAGCACAAAUCAGAAUUAGAAGAACAAAUGGACGACGAGGAGCUACGGCAGAAGAGAGAAAUUAUACAACUAGAAAAUGAAAAGGACUCGUUAAUCAAACUAUACUGCAGCUUGAAGAAGCAGUUGCGGACAGAGAACGACAGUUGGUUACUCUCAGAAGACAUGCCGCACGAGUGAUGCGGCGCCGGGAACAGAACUUGGGACCACUGUUACCUGACUACACCGGAUACUCGACCGUACUUGUAGCUCUUAGUUACACUAUUUGGGUAUGAUAGACUGAAGGAAAAUUCAACUGUCAAUUGCAAUUGACAAUCAUAGACAGUAAAAAUUACAUUUGUUUUUACCGCCAAUUUUCGAAUUCAAUCUCAAUUUGUCGAGUAUCAAAGCCAAAAAAUGACGUGUAGUGCGAGAUUUCCCGCAGUCCAUCAUAUCAUUGAUCUCAACACACCAAAUGAGCCUUGAUCGACGAUUCUUUUUAAAGAAUUUAAUUUUAUAUUAUUGAAUGUUGUCUUUGUACUUAAAAUUCUUUAAUUUUAUAUUGACAUUUCAACUAACCGAAUUCGUUAUCGAGCGUUUUGUAUUACUUACAGGUGUAUUUAUCGUCAUUAUUAUAUAAGCAUCAAUGAGAUUAUUUAAUAACGAAUUAUAAUUUGCAUGUCCUGUAUUUAACUUCCAUAAAUGUCUUGUUUCACUGUUGACAUAACACCUUGGGCCUUAUUUUUGAAUCGCUCGUCUUCAACUCACGUGCGAAAAUAUAUACCUGUCUCAUUUUUUGAGAUGACAAGUUGUGAUGUUUUACGUGAAAUGGGUAUAUAUUUUGGAAUGUAACUUGCAGGCGAGCGAUUCAAAAAUAAGACCCCAUACCAUUUAUUUUUCCCCUCCUUUUGUAAAUCAUGGGAAUUGUUAAACGAAUGGCAAGAUCGCUUAUCGCGUAUAUUAAUAAUGUUUGUUUGUACUGUAUUCGACAUAAUAGCACGUUUUAGUGCUAUAUUGUUGUUGUUUUCAUAAUGUACUUCACCAAACACUAGGAAACGUUUUUUGUUUUUGACAUCUGUCAAAAUGCAUAGCACAAUAUUUUUUGUUCUCAACAAAUCAGCACAUUGGUAAACUUUGUGAGUUCAAUUAUAUUGUGUGUAUGAAUUGGUCUUUGAAAAUAAAUCGUAUAAAUGUAAGAUAGUGUUAGUAGUGUUAAGGAAAUGUUAAGGUAAUAAAUAAAUUGUAUAGAAUUUA